AUGUCUUAUUUUACAGCGACAACGUCCAAGCGAGAGUGGCAAUGCGAUGCUCUCGCAGUUAAAGACACUAUGUGGUCUUUCUGUCCAAACCUCCGCGCAGCAGACGUCUUUGCCGUCCUCUUUGGCCUCACUACCCUCACACAUCUCGUUCAAGCCAUUAUUUACAAGAAGCCAUACUGCUGGGUAAUUGUAGCUUCCGGCAUGGCCCAGACACUCGCAUAUGUCCUUCGCAUUCUCAGCAUACUCAAUCCGGCAAGCUUUGGCUUUUACGCGGGCUGGUUUGUGUUGAUUCUGGUCGCGCCUCUAUUCACGAAUGCGUUCGUCUAUAUGGUUAUGGGUAGAAUGAUCUGGAACUACGUACCAGAAAAGAAGAUACAUCGGGUGACAGCUUGGAGGUUUGGGAUGUAUUUUGUUGUAUUGGAUGUUUGUGCUCUCGUCAUCCAGAUCAUCGGUGCAGUUCAAGCGACAGGAGAAAAUACGACAACGAAACAAGUGUUAAGAGGUCUUCACAUGUAUAUGGGAGGUGUUGGUGUUCAACUAGGAUUCAUUCUUCUCUUCCUCUUCUUCGCAGUCAAAUUCCAUAGAAUUGUUCGUCAGCAAAACAGCACUUCAUUCGGUUCACCAGGAUUGACGCAUGCCUUGAUACUGUUGUACAAUCUGUACACAGUUCUCGGGUUUAUCAUUCUAAGAAUCAUCUUCCGACUCAUUGAAUAUGCGCAAGGUCUCGACAGUGGUAUCCCAAAUAAGGAAGGAUAUCAAUACGGUCUCGACUCUUUGCCAAUGCUGAUUGCUUUGGUACUGUUGGACGCUUUCCAUCCGGGUCGGAUUAUGAAAGGUGAGGAGAGUGACAUCCCGAGUCGCAAGGAGAGGAAGCUUGCUGGAGUAGCGUCCAAGAGUACAACCCGCACUACAGAAACUAUGGAGAUGGUGUAG